CCCCUUAAAGCGAGGCGCAGCGGAGGCUUUCUGAGGGGAACUAAUAACUCCAGGCUCUUUUCACACACUUCAGCGCCAGCAGGUGGAGAAGGCUGCUGAGGAAGCCACCUGCUUCCUACUGGAGCUGCUGCCGAAGCUUGGGAGGGAUGGAGGGAUGGGGGGGGAGAGAAGAGGAAUCUCUCUCUCCCUCUCCCCGUGAAUGAGAGCAGCGUGCGCUUUUCCCAGCUAGUCUUUGGCGGGAGCCCCUCUCGUUCCUUCUCUUCUCGCGCUGCGCAGGAGGCACCUUCCGUCAGCUCUCCUCAUUUAUUUCUUCGCCAACGACUUCGCGUCCUCCUUUUCCCGUCUAUCUUUAGCCCCCGCGUGUCUUUUCUUUCGUUCUUUUUUUAACCCCCCCCUGUCUCCCCCCCCCGAGCUUUCCUCCACCUGGAGGCGAGGGAAGCACCGUGGAGCCGUUCUUCCGCUCGCGCGCUCACAGAAGCAGCGAGCGAGCGGCUCCUCGCUCUAGCCUUGCUUGUGCCGUUUGCCUGCGCCGCGCGCCUCCUGCUCCGCGGCGGCGGCAGCAUCAGCAACAUGUCGAACUCGGGCAGGAAGGACUUUGACGUGAAACACAUUUUGCGCCUCCGCUGGAAACUGUUCAGCCACCCGGCGGCCCCGGCGAGCGGCUUUUUGCAGCAGGACAGCAGCUUCGAGCACUGGGGGCCGAGCCAAAGCCGCCUGCUGAAGAACCAGGAGAGAGGUAGCGGCGCCUUCUGGAAGAAAGCCUCCUCUUCUUCCUCCUCUUCGUCCUCUUCGUCGCCUUGUGCUGCCUCCUCGUCGCCCCUCAACGGGACUUUGCUGCCCGCCACUAGGCUCCAUGGACUGGCCGAGCAGCAACGCCACCAACCGGCCCCUCGCACGGUGUUCUACGUUGAAUCCCUGGAGGAGGGGCCCGGCGGGGGCGCGUUGGGGGAGUUUACCCGCGAACAGGAGAAGACGCUGGUGCUGCGCGAAGUCAAGGAAGAACCCGCGCCCUUUUUGGAUGGCGGCGGCCAGGCAACAGGUGAACCGGCCGUGCACAGGUUGUCAGCAGCCAACCAGCCCUUGACACCUCAAUGUGAUAUAGACUCAAGUAGUUCUGAGGAGUUCUAUCAAGCUGUACACCAUGCUGAACAAACCUUCAGGAAGAUGGAAAGCUACCUGAAGCAACAGCAGCUCUGUGAUGUUAUUCUGAUUGCUGGGAACCGUAAGAUACCUGCACAUAGACUUGUUCUGAGUUCUGUUUCUGAUUAUUUUGCUGCCAUGUUUACAAGUGAUGUUUGUGAAGCCAAACAAGAGGAAAUCAAAAUGGAAGGCAUCGACCCCAGUGCACUCUGGGAUCUUGUUCAGUUUGCAUACACAGGUUGCUUGGAACUUAAGGAAGAUACCAUUGAAAACCUCCUGGCAGCUGCGUGUCUCCUUCAGCUCCCUCAAGUGGUUGAAGUGUGCUGUCAUUUUCUCAUGAAGCUUUUACAUCCAUCUAAUUGUUUGGGAAUCCGGGCAUUUGCAGAUGCUCAAGGAUGCACUGAGCUUAUGAAGGUGGCUCACAGCUAUACAAUGGAGAACAUAAUGGAAGUUAUUAGAAAUCAGGAGUUUUUAUUGUUGCCAGCAGAAGAACUCCAUAAGCUUCUUGCAAGUGACGAUGUGAAUGUUCCUGAUGAAGAGACCAUUUUCCAUGCCUUAAUGAAGUGGGUCAAGUAUGACAUUCAAAGGAGAUGUAAUGAUUUGAGUAUGUUACUUGCCUACAUCCGAUUGCCACUUCUUCCACCUCAGAUUUUAGCUGACCUAGAAAACCAUGCACUUUUUAAAGAUGACUUGGAAUGUCAGAAGCUGAUUCUGGAAGCCAUGAAAUACCAUCUUUUGCCAGAAAGACGAACUCUUAUGCAAAGCCCAAGAACGAAGCCAAGAAAAUCCACAGUUGGGACCUUGUAUGCUGUUGGAGGAAUGGACAACAACAAAGGUGCUACAACCAUAGAGAAGUAUGAUCUCAGGACAAAUAUAUGGAUUCAAGCUGGAGUGAUGAAUGGCAGAAGGCUACAGUUUGGCGUGGCUGUCAUUGAUGACAAACUCUUUGUUAUUGGAGGCCGUGAUGGUUUAAAGACAUUAAACACUGUUGAAUGUUACAAUCCAAAGACAAAAGCAUGGACUGUUUUGCCUCCAAUGUCAACCCAUAGGCAUGGCUUAGGAGUUACUGUUCUUGAAGGGCCAAUUUAUGCAGUCGGGGGCCAUGAUGGCUGGAGCUAUUUGAAUACAGUCGAGAGGUGGGACCCCCAAAGUCAGCAGUGGACUUUUGUAGCCAGUAUGUCUAUUGCCAGAAGCACUGUUGGUGUGGCAGCAUUAAAUGGCAAAUUAUAUUCAGUUGGUGGCCGAGAUGGAAGUUCUUGUUUGAGUUCUAUGGAGUAUUAUGAUCCCCACACAAAUAAGUGGAACAUGUGUGCUCCAAUGUGUAAAAGAAGAGGAGGUGUUGGAGUGGCUACCUGUGAUGGCUUCCUCUAUGCAGUUGGAGGCCAUGAUGCCCCUGCUUCUAACCAUUGCUCCAGACUCCUGGACUAUGUUGAAAGGUAUGAUCCAAAAACUGACACUUGGACAAUGGUAGCCCCACUGAGCAUGCCCCGUGAUGCUGUUGGUGUUUGCAUCCUUGGUGAUAAAUUAUAUGCAGUGGGUGGAUAUGAUGGGCAAACAUACCUGAACACCAUGGAGUCAUAUGACCCUCAGACCAAUGAAUGGACGCAGAAUUGGACAAUACCUCAGCAUGAAAAAGUAUCAGGACUAAUUAAAAGAGUCUCUGAUGUAUUUGUGAUAGAGUUUUUGUCUAGUUUUAGAUUUUGUUUCAAUAAGAUAGAAAUUACUUCUUAA